ACAUGCAAGGCUUACGUAAAGCGAUUGUGUGUAAGAAGAAAACACCUCGAAUAAGUAUUAUCUGAAACUCAGAGUGCACGAACCAGACACAUGCAGGAAAAGCAAAUUUUUGCAACUCUUCUUUUUGCCGCCUGUGUAGCAAGACUGGAGUGUAAAUGGCCACUGCUGGGAAGAGAUUGGGACAUAAGAGAGUUUCUGAAAACAGAAGAACCAAUAUGGACUUAUGCUACAAGUGAAGCGACGCAAAUCAUAUGUAAAAGGGACACCAAGCUGCUCAUCACUUUUCAAUACAUCGUGUUCUUUCGAUCGUAUUAUCACCAGAAGCGAAAGCUGAUCUUCAGGCUUCAAGGCGAAUUUGAUCUUCAUCGAAAAGCACGCAUGAUCAUAAAAUCCAGAGAUCGUGUGUUCAACCAGACAGAAGAAGUUAUCUACAUGUCUAAAAACCUUACCUGUGCAUUCAUGCGGGUUACACCCCAUUUCGGAAGUUACAUGAAGAAGUACAAUCUGCGAAUCAGGAAUUCCACCAUAAGAGAGCCCAUCGAAGCGAAAUGCUUGGACACUUUCAAGUCGCGAACGGGUAAAAAAAUGUACGUGCUGUAUAAAAACAAGUGUCAAUACUUGCCUUAGGAGAUAAAAUAAGCCCGAAACCCGUAGAUAUAUGACAUGUGUACAUUUAAAAUGCGUUCUUGUUUGAACAAUUGACGCAAAACGUAAACACGUGCACAGCACAUAUACUUAUUAACAUGCAUGCAUGCUAACGGAAGCAUAAUCAGAGCGAGGAGUAGAAAAACAUGAAAGCAAGCUGUCUUGCUUACAGCAAGAAAUAUGAUAAGAUGACGGCGUCAUCGGAAAAAAAGGCGUAGGUUGCACUAAAGAAGCGUUCAUUUUCUUCUUCUAUAAAGUUACAAUGUUUAGUGUAUUUGUACGGCUUGUAAACAAACUCCACGUGUUCCGAUUAAAAUGGACGUAUU